CGGGGCUGCCCCGCUCCGCUCCCGAUCUCGCUCCCGCCGCCCGCGCUCGGCUCCCGCCGCGCCCCCGGAGCGGAGCGGGGCGGGCGAGGGGCGCGGCCAUCGCGGUCCCUCCCGCAGCCCUGCGCGGCGGCCGAGGCCGGGGCCGGAGCCGGAGCUGGGGUGGCCGCGUACCCUGGCAGGAUGUCGGGGUCGCGCUGCCAGACGCUGUACCCGUUCUCCGGGGAACGGCACCGGCAGGGCCUGCGCUUCGCGGCGGGGGAGCUGAUCACGGUGCUGCAGGUGCCGGACGGCGGCUGGUGGGAAGGGCAGAAGGAGGACGGGCUGCGCGGCUGGUUCCCGGCCAGCUACGUGCAGCUCCUGGAGCAGAAACCCAGAAAAGCAGCUCCUCAGGCAGAAGAUACCUUGAAUGGCCAUCUUCCCCCCGGCUGGCAGAGCUAUAUGUCACCCCAGGGACGAAGGUACUAUGUGAACACCUUCACGAAUGAAACAACCUGGGAGCGGCCAAGCAGCGUGCCUGGGACUCCAAAGAGCCCUGUGUCACAGAAGAGUUCUGCAGUGAAUGGCUACUACAUCUCUGGGACCCCAGUACACCAGCUUGACUCUGGUCAUAUGAGCCUUCGAAAAGCCAGUGGGGAUCCACAGACCCCGGGGUCCCCGGCGGCGCCGCGGCGGCAGAGCAAGGAGAGCAGCCUGACGAUAAACUGUGUGACUUUCCCCCACCCUGACAUAAUGCCAGAGCAGCAGUUGCUGAAACCUUCAGAGUGGAGCUACUGUGAUUAUUUCUGGGCUGAUAAGAAGGAUUCGCAAGGGAACAAUACAGUGUCGGGAUUUGAGAUUCUUCUUCAAAAGCAACUUAAAGGGAAACAAAUGCAGAAAGAAAUGGCAGAGUUUGUUCGAGAAAGGAUAAAGAUUGAGGAGGAAUAUGCGAAGAACCUGUCCAAGCUGUCUCAGAAUUCCUUGGCUGCUCAGGAAGAAGGCACACUAGGAGAGGCUUGGGCUCAGCUAAAGAAGAGUCUAGCUGAUGAAGCAGAGGUUCACCUCAAAUUCUCUUCCAAGCUUCAGAGUGAGGUAGAGAAGCCACUGCUCAACUUCAGAGAGAAUUUUAAGAAAGACAUGAAGAAGUGUGACCACCACAUUGCAGACUUACGGAAGCAGCUGGCCAGCCGCUACGCAGCAGUUGAAAAGGCCCGGAAAGCCUUGACAGAGAGACAGAAGGAUCUGGAAAUGAAAACACAGCAGCUGGAGGUGAAGCUCAGCAACAAGACAGAAGAGGAAAUUAAGAAGGCGAGGCGGAAGUCCACUCAGGCAGGGGAUGACUUGAUGCGCUGUGUGGAUCUUUACAAUCAAGCUCAGUCCAAGUGGUUUGAGGAAAUGGUGACUACCACUCUGGAGCUUGAGAGACUAGAAGUUGAAAGGGUGGAGAUGAUUCGGCAGCAUCUUUGCCAGUAUACACAGCUGCGGCAUGAGACAGACAUGUUCAACCAAAGUACAGUAGAGCUCGUGGAUCAAUUGCUUCGGAAAGUGGAUCCUGCCAAAGACAGGGAACUGUGGGUAAAAGAACACAAAACUGGAGAUAUCCGACCUGUGGACAUGGAAAUAUAGACUGAUCUUUAAUUGUAUGUCAUGAGUCCACUGAAUUAACCCAGCUAAUGUUUGCUUUAUAAGGGUCAGAAGAGCAUAGGGAAAAGGUUGUUCCACUACCAGACACCUUGUAAUUUAUGCCUGUACAGGCCAUCUCUGUUACAUUUAGUCAUAAAAAUGGUCCUCAUUGUGCUAAGCCUUAAGCACCAGACAUUCCAGGAUGAAGAAACCAGAUGUGUGCUUCCCACCAGAGGUUCCCAAUUGCACGCAGCUUCCAGAAGAAAUCUGCUUUCUGGUACAAGGAGAGCUCUGUUCUUCAGUGACUUUGUGCUACAUCCCUUGCAUGACUAUCUUUAUACAGUAUGUUAGAACAACCAUGCAGUGAGCCUCUGGCCAGCAAGUGAAUAACUGAACAUGAUGCAGGAGGCAAGGAAGUCCUGAUCAUGAAUCCCAGGUCUGUCACUGACUACUUUCAUGGCUAUAGGCAAGUCAAUUAACUUUUCCAGUUCCCCCAUCUAUAAAACAUGUAUCCUGCAGCAGUGUUGUGCAAAUACAUUUAUUUCAUACAGUUUCCCACCAAGGCCCUUCUCCCAAUAUCUAUGGAGAAGAGUCCUGUUCUUCCUGUUUUACACUCCCUCUCAGGGAUACAUAAACCCAUUGUCAUCAUGAUUUCUGUUCCAGGCCAAUCAGUAAGGUUGAAAGUGUUACUAGCACUGUUAUUUAUAAGGAAAGACUUGGUUGUGCUAUACCUACCUCAUUAGCUGUCUGAGUGCCCUCAGUGACAGAAAGAGGUUACAUACCAAGGAAUAAACGAGAUACUCAAAACCUUUCCUGCUUAUGCAAGAUGUUUUCUCACAAAAUCUCCUUCAAGACAGCCCUCUAACAUUUGAUUUAGGAUCCAGGUUUAAAUUGCCCUUUGUUGGUUCCUUCAGGUGAAUAUCACAGCCUUUAGGUAUCUUUAAUUGCCAAGUUUUUCCAGCUAAAUUGUGGGGUUUCUCUUUUAAGGGCCUGAUUUUCAAAGAUGCCAUGAAUCUGUGAUGCUAGAUUGCAUUAAGUAUAGGAGAUGUAGGUGCCCAGCGCUUCUGCACCAGCUGAUUCUUAACCUUAGGCUUUUCCUUUGUUAUCUUUAACACAAACUACCAAAAAUGUAACACUGCUCCUGGCACAUAAUAUUCUCUAAUUUGGAGACUGGCUUUGAAAAGGUUUUUGAAAAUUCAUUUUCUUUUCUUGCUGACAUUUCUGAGUAACUGUUCACUGUUGCUGGUAAUACAGUUUUCAGCAUUUCAUACAAUGCCAAGAUUCUUGCUUUAGAUCCGAAACCUUGAUUCUCACCACUGUGGCCUUUACUGUGUUGCUAUCUACAAUUUCCCAAACAGUACUACGCCAUUUGAUCCACUUCACCUCAUUGUUUCCAUCAUUUUCACCCCAGCACCAAAAUUGCAUCCUUUUGUUCUACUGCUAUUGGGUUUUAUUCACCAGCUUCUGAAUGUUGUGAUUGGAUCAUUGAAAAUUAAUAUUCCCCAUUACAAAUUCAAGCUGAACACAGAGAAGUCUCAUCUGAAACACAUAUUUAAUAAUGGUGCAGUGAUUAUUUUCCUGGUUUUGUUAUUUCAAUCUGAAUUCUACUACAUUUUACCACUGUUCUCUUUUUCUCAACCAUCUCUUUACAAGUAUAGAUUCAUUCUUGUCUUGAAAAACGCUUCUACAACCCACAUCUCUGCUGAAUCUUUACCCUUUAUAAACCUUUGCACGUUAGCAAGUGCAGUGCCAUGACCACUGCAUGCUCAGGAUCACUGUUCCUCGUGUGACACCUCCAGACACACUUCUGAAUUUGUGACUACUGUUUUAUUCUCGGUGUUGGAAGCAUCCAGCACAGUUAUGUGAGACUCUCCUAAGUUCCUGCCAAGACCAUUGCAGUACAAAUGAAACGUGGUUUGUGUCACACAGUCCCUGAACUCAGUAGAGUACAUACUCUUCCCCAGAUUCCUCUUCUGCUGCUCAAGCAGGGAUGUUUUGUGAUGAUGUCUUUUACGGUCUUCCUGCUGAUUGACUCUCUGUCUUAUUCAUUUUGUCAUACCAAUGAUACUUCUCCUAUCUCUACCAUGCACUUUGGAGGACAGGCACUUUUCUUUUUAUUAAACCACAGGGGCAGGGUGAGCUUUCAAAACUUCAAUGGCCAAAAAUAACUGGAGUACUUUAGAGCUGCAUCUCAGGUGGACCCCUGUGUUCUAAGCUCUAUUGUAAAUCA